UUUCUAAGUAGUACUUUGUCCACGAGACGUACUUUGAGCUGCUGCUUAAAACGAUUCACGUAAAGUCAACAGCUGCCGCGACAGACGUAUAUGGGUAGAAGUGAGUGGCAGCGGAGUUACGUUCCACGUGGAAUAUUCAUUACGUGUUGCUCUGUCGUAAAUCGCCAUUGGAUUUGCAUCCCUCGACGUAUCGACCAGCCGCGAAGAUCAAUGAAGAAGUUUGCCGUGCUAAUUGAGUCUGCUGUGACGUUCUGGAACCCAUUCAUUGUGGAAGACAGGUGUUACGCGGAGGUGGCCGCUUGCAUCAUGAGACAGACGCAUCACGAGUUUAAUGAUCGUACUGAUUCGACGAAGCGUGAUAUCAAGGAACUCGAAGAAGAUGCUGGACUCGAGAUCGAGACAGAGGCAGUCGAGAAGAAUGAAAUUGAAAAAAAAAGUGGCAAAGAGAGGAAAAAAAUUCAACUUCUAAAGAAGUACCUCUUUGGUCCAGUCUGGAUGCUGUAUCGCGGUUCUUCGAGGAUGCACUAGAAACUCAUCUUCGAGAGGGAAGAGACUUUCGAUUUCUAUCUGCGACGCUCCUCGAAACCUACGCGCUCUUUAUUUCUAUUAAAGAUAAAGGAAUGGAAAUAGAACAAGGAUAAAGAUGAAUGAAACGAAACCAAAUAAAAGAACUCUGACUCGGCUCGUCCA